CCUGCGGUUUCCCCACCAGGCCACCACUUAUCUUCCCGCUUCAGGCCCAAGCCGCGUCACCUUUUCUUCUCAAAUCAAUUAGUCGCAGCGCCGAAGGCUCCAGUUCCACUACUCCAGAGUCCAGUCCUUCGCAGGAACUCCAUUACCAGGUUACUACUACCACAGAGGAGCUCCAAAACACCAUCGCGCGCACUGCUCUCUCGCUUUUUCCUUCCUCCCUGUCAGUUGGCAUCCACCGUUAUUUGAUGUUAUGUUACUGUUGGUCCAAUCCAAUCCAUCCCGUAAAAGAAUUCCCCAAUUCUAAUCAAGAUCGUUCAUCUCUUCAAGCUCUUAGGGUUUCAGAGGGGGGCGCACCAAAGGUCCAUUCAAGAUCGUUCAUCUAUUCAAGCUUAAGGGUUUCAGAGGGGAGGCACACCAAAGGUCCAUAGCAAUCUAGGGUUCACCGGCGGAACAAAUUGCUGUUGGCUUGAAAGUUCGACGAGGGGGGAGCGAAAUUCUGCGAGGAAGGGAGUUUUUGUAUUGGCGAAAAAGCUAUGUCGCGGAGGAGACACGACGAAGAUGACGACGAGAUUGAGGAUGAAGAGUACGAGGACCAGGACGAUCAGCUGAUUGACGAUGAAGAGUACGACGACGAAAUGGAGAAACGGGGAAGCUCGAGCAACAGGAAGCGGUCUCGAUCGAGUUUCAUCGAUGAUGCGGCGGAGGAGGACGAGGAUGAGGAGGAAGAAGUCGACGAUGAAGACUAUGGAGGUGGUGGUGGUGGGAGCAAGAAGCGGAAGACUGCUAGAAAGGGCGCUUCUUUCUUUGAUCUGGAGGCACAAGUGGAUAGCGACGAAGACGAAGACGAUGAAGACGGCGGAGAAGAUGACUUCAUUGUUGAUGGUGGAGCUGAUUUACCUGAGGAGGAUGAUGGUAGACGGGUACACCGUCGGCCAUUGCUCUCUCGGGAAGAUGAUGGUGAAGAUGUGGAUGAAAUUUACAGAAGAAUUCAAGAAAGAUAUUCAAGAACAUCUCAGGGUGAAUUUGAUGAAGAGACUACGGAUGUAGAACAACAGGCUCUCUUGCCAUCUGUACGAGAUACAAAAUUUUGGAUGGUGAAAUGUGCGAUUGGACGUGAGCGAGAGACAGCAGUCUGCCUUAUGCAGAAGUGCAUUGAUCGAGGUCCUGAGAUGCAAAUUACAUCUGUUGUUGCCCUUGAUCAUCUCAAGAAUUAUAUAUAUAUUGAAGCCCACAAAGAAUCCCAUGUCAGGGAGGCAUGCAAAGGUCUUCGGAAUAUAUUUGUUUCUUCGAAACCUAUGCUUGUUCCAAUCAAAGAAAUGACGGAUGUCCUCUCUGUUGAAAGCAAAGCAAUUGACCUUGCAAGGGAUACUUGGGUCAGAAUGAAGAUAGGAAAUUACAAAGGGGACUUAGCCAAAGUAGUUGAUGUGGACAAUGUGAAGCAGAGAGUCACAGUGAAGUUAAUUCCCAGAAUUGACUUGCAGGCUCUUGCAAGUAAACUGGAGGGGCGAGCAGUCGCAGAAAAGAAGGGAAUUAAACCUGCUCCUCGCUUUAUGAAUUAUGAUGAAGCUAGGGAACUUAACAUUCGUGUAGAGCGGAGAAGAGAUCCAAUGACAGGUGACUACUUCGAGAGUAUUGAGGGCAUGUUGUUCAAAGAUGGUUUCUUGUACAAAACUGUGUCAAUGAAAUCCAUUACUGCUGCGAACAUUAAACCAAGUUUUGAUGAACUUGAGAAGUUCCGUAAACCUGGAGAACAUGGCGAUGAUGAUAUGGCCAGCUUGUCAACUUUAUUUGCAAACCGGAAGAAAGGACACUUUUUGAAGGGCGAUGCAGUUAUCAUUGUCAAAGGAGAUUUAAAGAACCUCAAAGGAUGGGUGGAGAAAGUUGAGGAAGAUAGUGUACAUAUCAGACCGGAGGAGAAGGGCCUUCCUAAAACACUUACAGUACACGAGAAAGAGCUCUGCAAGUAUUUUGAACCUGGUAAUCAUGUUAAGGUUGUGUCUGGCACUCAAGCAGGUGCAACUGGCAUGGUUGUCAAGGUUGAGCAACAUGUGCUCAUUAUUCUGUCAGAUACAACCAAGGAGCAUAUGCGUGUAUUUGCUGAUGAUGUUGUUGAAAGCUCAGAAGUGACUACUGGUGUUACCAAAAUCGGAGACUAUGAGCUUCAUGAUCUUAUUUUGCUGGAUAAUAUGAGUUUUGGUGUCAUAAUACGUGUGGAAAGUGAAGCCUUUCAGGUUCUCAAAGGAGUUCCCGAGAGAUCAGAAGUGUCACUUGUAAGAUUGAGAGAGAUCAAAAGCAAGAUAGAAAGGAAGUCGAAUGUACAAGAUAGGUAUGGAAGUACAAUAUCAGUAAAAGAUGUUGUUAAAGUCCUUGAUGGUUCUUGCAAGGGGAAGCAGGGUCCCGUUGAGCACAUAUACAGGGGAAUAUUGUUCAUCCAUGAUCGUCACCACCUUGAACAUGCGGGAUUCAUUUGUGUUAAAUCCCAAGCUUGCGGUCUUGUUGGAGGAUCACGUUCCAUUGGUGAUAGAAAUGGGAAUGCAUACUCAAGAUUUGGUAAUCUUAAAAACACUCCUCGAAUACCCCCUUCAACUCGGAGAUUUGAAAGAGGAGGUCCUCCUUUUGAGUUUGGUGGAAGGGGUAGAGGAGGUAGGGGAGGGCAUGAUGCCUUGAUAGGUACGACAAUCAAGAUACGGCAGGGACCUUUCAAGGGCUACCGUGGACGUGUGAAAGACAUUAAAGGUCAAUCGGUUCGAGUUGAGUUAGAGUCUCAAAUGAAGGUGGUGACGGUUGAUCGCAGUUGUAUUUCUGACAACGUGGCUGUGGUUUCCACCCCAUACCGUGAUUCAAGUCGAUAUGGCAUGGGAAGUGAAACCCCAAUGCAUCCCUCUCGAACUCCGUUGCAUCCUUACAUGACGCCUAUGAGAGACUCUGGUGCCACACCCAUUCACGAUGGCAUGAGAACACCUAUGCGUGACCGAGCAUGGAAUCCUUAUGCACCAAUGAGUCCUCCGAGGGAUAACUGGGAAGAUGGAAAUCCUGGAUCUUGGGGUACUAGUCCCCAGUAUCAGCGAGGAAGCACCCCUUCUAGAACUUACGAAGCGCCUACCCCUGGUGGCAAUUAUAGUGAUACUGGAACGCCAAGAGACAGUAGUUCCGCUUAUGCGAAUGCUCCUAGCCCAUACAUGCCUUCGACUCCUGGGCAGCCUAUGACACCUGGUUCAACAGCCUAUCUUCCUGGAACUCCUGGGGGCCAGCCAAUGACACCCGGCACUGGUGGUUUGGAUGCCAUGUCUCCUGUUUUAGACAACGAAGGAGGGAGUUUGAUGCCAGAGAUAUUGGUGAAUGUACAUAUAGGUGAUGAAUCUCUAGUGGGUGUUGUCCGAGAGGUGCAUCCGGAUGGAAUAUGCAAGAUAGGGUUGGUAGGGAAUGGCGAGAUGGUGACAGCGAUGGCAAGCGACGUGGAGAUUGUGGGGCCGAGGAAAUCGGACAAGGUGAAGAUAAUGGGGGGAGCCCAUCGAGGGUCGACCGGGAAGUUGAUCGGGGUGGAUGGUACGGACGGAAUUGUAAAGUUAGAUGACACUCUUGACGUGGUGAUCCUAGACAUGGUUAUACUAGCUAAAUUAGCUUGAGUAGUCAACGUUAGUAGAGCAGGUCUUUUUUGUUCCACCUUAUUUAGUGCUUUUUAGAUCUUUUGUUUUAAAAUCAGGUCAAAGAAAAUAUUUGUUUCAAAACUGUCGAAUUCAUCUUCCAAUGUUUGGUGAAUAAAACCUCUUGAAAGGCAUUGCUGUAGUCAUUUGGAUCUGCAAUCCGAGUAGUUCCGAAUCUACCUGGGCUAGUCGGAAGAAUCUUCAUGGGUUCUACAAGCUGAUUCACAUAUUAGGGUUUCUUUUUGGACGUAAAACCUGUAACUUUCAUCGACCAAAGGUCCUAACUCCUUACGCUCAAGAGAGCCAUCUGUCACCUCAUGUGGGUACGAGGUGAAAUUGAAUGCUUCAGAGUUCACAGGUUGGUUAGAAAAAAAGCUUCGUUUGUUG